GGUUAGGUUCGUAGGCACUCGCGGACCUUUUUCCGUCUCCCUGUCCCCUUCUUCCCGGCAUUCCUGUUUCCGCUUUCUCACGGCUCUUCGGUUUUUCCACUUCUGAGGCGCUUCGCGCCUAGGGGUUCAGUGACGUCAUCUUUCUGCGCUGCGCGGACGCCCGCCGGUGGAAGAAGGAACAGCUCCGCCGCCCUUCGCUGCUUUUGUUGGGCUGCUGCUCCUCCGGAAUCAUGGCGCCGUCACUGUGGAAGGGGCUGGUGGGCGUCGGCCUCUUUGCUCUAGCCCACGCGGCCUUUUCCGCCGCACAGCAUCGUUCUUAUAUGCGAUUAACAGAAAAGGAAGACGAAUCACUGCCAAUAGAUAUAGUUCUUCAGACACUUCUGGCCUUUGCAGUUACCUGUUAUGGUAUAGUUCAUAUUGCAGGGGAGUUUAAAGACAUGGAUGCCACUUCAGAACUAAAAAAUAAGACAUUUGACACAUUAAGGAAUCACCCAUCAUUUUAUGUAUUUAAUCAUCGUGGUCGAGUACUGUUCCGGCCUUCGGAUACAACAAAUUCUUCAAACCAAGAUGCAUUGUCCUCUAACACAUCAUUGAAGUUACGAAAACUUGAAUCACUGCGUCGUUAAGAUUUUUACAAAUUAUAAUAAUAGGACAGGACACAGAGCUGGAAUAUUGGAGUUUGGGGUAUGAAACACUCCCCAUCAGUAUUUAUAUUGAUCUUUCAGACGUAAUUAAAAAAGUCUAUGGCCCUUGUUUGUACACUGUUAAUCAAAUCAUUAAUGCAGUAUAAGUUAUCUGUGAAAUGAGUCUUUGGUCUUUUAUAGAAUUAUUUUUUUUCAUUUAAAACAAAUUCACAUCUUUUGUAAAAGUCACUGUUUUGAACACAUUUCUUUGAAAAAUGUUGAUGGUUUCGUAAUUAUUUAUUUUCUUAGAUUUCUUUUGCACUACAGUUUUUAGGAUUCUUUUGGAAAUAGUGUGACUACUGCAUUUUGCAGCAUGAAUGAUGGUAAAAUGGUCUUCAGUUCUUAACAACAAAUGGACUUCUCUAAAGAGACCAAAAUGAUGACUUAUCAGUUUUUCUUAUGCCCUCUAAAAAGUGGCUCUGCUUCAGCAGGUACUUGCCAGUUUUUAAUUUAUCCAUGACUUCUCACCCCGCUCUCUCCCGUAUACCUUCUAACAUCAGCUGUCUUGUUUCAUCACUUCUCUGGGGUUCUGUGUGCAGUGAACAAUUUUUGUGUCAGAAAUCCUUUGUCAUAACAAGUAUAUUUAACAAACUCAGCUUGUUGUAAAGCUACUUGUGUUCUCUUCAUUUAUCUGUAAAAAAAUUCCCUAAUUGAUUUUGUAGUGUGAGAGUAGUUGAAGAUAGACCAAAAAGACCAUUCAUGAUUUAAUUAUCCUACCUAUGUAAAAGAAUAGUAAUCACUGACGAAAACUUGUUGUUAGCCAGUUUAACUUAUUCAAAGUCUCUGUUAUUUUAUUGCGUACUAAACUAAUGAAUUAGUGAAAAUGAAGGAAACUUCUCAUUAAAGGUAGACUUCAAAGGAGUUGGGCCAAAUAUGUUCUAAAUAUUUGGAACUAAUGUCUUGAAUUUUAAAAAAGGUCAUUUAAGAAAUUGUUUCUUAGCUUCUGAUUUGUGGCAGGCUUAAGAGUUUUCCUUCUUCAUUGUAUGUUGCUGAAGGUGAGGAUGAGGUACAGAGUAGAAUUUUUUUAGAAACAGUAAUUUUAGUUUUGGGGCAAUUUGGCUAACUUUGAUCUGCGGGAAGCUUAACAUUUCUUUGUAGAGAAUGUUGCUUUUGUUGAAUUGUACAGGUAUGAAAACAUUGCUUUUGUUUAAUUUAUAGGUGUAAAGGGAUUAACUAUAUGCAAAUUUGAAAAGGAAAUGUGCUUUAGGCAAGAGUCAUAAGAUGCCUUUACACUUGAUUUGAUGGCGUUUUUCCAUUAGAAAUGAACCUCAGCUCUUUUAUUCUUCCUGGUAACACACAGCCCCAAAGCAUGAGAUUAUUUUGUCAUUGGGUUUUUAUUGUUGUUGAGUUGUUUUGUUUGCCAACCAGUUUGACUGUGGAAUACUGACUCUGCCUGCUAUCUAAGGAGAACAGAGUCAGAAAUCUGAUAACCUAAAAUAAUUUAGAAAUAAGUUAAAAAUGUGAAGUCAGGGGUUAAAGUUGUGGUAAUUAAAUCAAAAUAUUGUGCAAGAAUCAAGCUCCUUACAUCAGACUUGUCUACUGUUUCCUCAGGUCUGACGUGAUUUGCAAGAACCUCUUGUUUUCUUCUCUUUGGGGCUGUCUUCCUUUCCUAAUAUGUUUUUAUAACAACUUUAUUGAGAUAUAAUUUACAUAGCUUACAAUUCACCCAUUUAAAGGGUACGAUUCAGUGAUUUUGUAAUAUAUUCCCAAAGUUGUGCAACCAUGACCACAGUCAAUUUUAGAGCAUUUCCAUCACCCCAAAAAGAAACCCUGUAGCCUUUAGCUGUCACGUCUCAUUUUCCCCCAGUGCCUCCCAGCCCUGGGUAACCACUAAUCUACUUUCUGUCUCUGUAGAUUGCCUAUUCUGGUCAUUUACUAUGAAUGAAUUUGUACAGUAUCUGGUCUUUUGUGAUUAACUUCCCAAAUAUGGUUUUGUUCUAUGUGGGGUGAGAACUUCGCAUCUUGAGAACUGUGUUUGUUGUGAAAGGCAGUGGUUGGUAAAAGGGAGAUGUGAAGAGGGAGGGUCAGAUACCUAACAGGUUUCUCAGUCAAUCUUGUACUGAAUAGGUUUUCCUCAUAACCAAGCAUUCAUGAUAUACUACUACUAAUAAUUUUUUUCGCUAGUCUCUAGAAUGGAUAUUGAAACCUUUGCCCUGUCAGGAAAGUCCUGCUAAAAAUGAUGCCAAAUAAUUUGGCAAAUAAUUGACAUCGCAGUUUUCAGGCAUGUCUAACUUUGUUAGCAGCUUGUAUACCUCGGGCCAGAUGAACUUCCCAAAUUUCUUCUUUAAUUUCCUCCAGUGAAUCUCUGCUGUCUUUUUCAAGUAUCUGUCAUAGGACUAAAGGUGAUUUGGGUGUAUCAUAACAGUGCUUAAAUGGAUUAAGUUCAGAAUUUUAUUUAUAAUACUAUGAGACAGUCCAUGACUACCCAGGGUGGUCUAAAAAUGUAGUGAUGUGAGCUAGUUAAGCCUGCAGUUGACUAUGAUUGCAGUGACAUUCAGAAGGGUGUACUGUUGAAGGCUCUCUAGAAUAUAGGAAUACUCACUUCUUAAUAACCAGGGAACCAGCCAAAUGCUAUGGGCUAAUGGCUCAGCUGCAGAAAAUGCAGAUGGGCAAAUUGGAGACGAUGAUGCUCUGUAACUCCCUAAUGAUUGUUUCCUAGCAUUGUGGCUUAUUUUUGAGUGGCAUGACAGCAUCUUCCUGGUUGUAUGUGGCUUGUUUCCAUGAUGUAUUGAGUAGUGUUGUUUGUUGUGAGCAUCGAUGCCUGUAACACCAAGCUAAACACAUUCUUUUGGAUAUGUUUCCUCUCUUUAAAUGACCUUGCCCUGUCCAAUAAAUAAAUGAUUGUCUCACCCUGUU